ACCUCUUAAAGGGAGGCAGGCAGAGAGGCAAGCAGCUGCCCUUUGUUUUUCUGGCACCUUGGUUGUAAGGGGCAUCUAAUUGCAUGGGCAGACUAUUCACUGGGAAGGAGGGUUUGGGGCAUCUUAUUCCUUAACAUUCAUUCCAGCUCCACCUUCCCAAAGGGAGGAGGGAUUGUUUUCCUUAUUUAGCUUUUUGAUAGGGAGCGUCAUGGCAGGGGUUCAUGAUGGGUACUUAUCUGCAUAGCUAAAUGUGUUAUAAUUUUAUUAUAAUGAGGACGUAAUGAGCAACGGGUUACAUUCAGAUGCUGGAGACUUCCAGUCUUUUUCUCCUUUCUUUGUUUGCCUCCAGGGCCCUUUUCACCCCAAAAUGUGUGUUUUCUGGUCAGUCUGGAGGUUCUGGCUUUUGUCUGCCCGUGGACCCCUCUGUUUGCCUGAUGUGUGGUUUCCUGCCAUCCGGCCCCAUGGUCCCCUUUCUCCGCUCAUACCUAGCUAUCUGCCUGCUGUAACACAGCUACUAUAAACAUUCUCUAAAUAUUUUUAAAGUUGAAAUACGUUUGAUUUACAGUGUUACAACACUCUGACAUUUUAGAUGUAAAUAUAAACCAUUAAUUUGGAGUAUCCAACUUGAAGUGGAACUGCCUGGUCACAAAGACGGCUAACUUUGUUAGAAAUUGCCAGAAAGACUCCUGAUGUGCUUUACUCGGUGUGGGAAUGCCCCAACUCCCCCACAUUUUUUGCCAGUACUUAGUGUUGUCAAUGUCUUUCAUUUUAGUUAUUCUAAUGACUUCGCAUUGGUAUCUCAUUGUGGUUUAAAUUUUCACUUCCCCAAUGAAUAAUAGUUUUGAGCAUCUUUUCAUAUGUGUGUUAGAUAUUUAUUUGCUUCUGUUUGUGAUGUGCCCAAUUAAAUCAUGAGCUUAAUGAGUUGUUUAUCUUGCUAUUGGGGAUUUUGUUUGUCAGAUAUAUGCAUUGUGAAUAUAUUUUCAUCUGUGGUUUGCCUUUUCCCUUUCAUGUCUUUUGAAGUAGAUUAGGUUUUAUAUUGAUGAAGUUCCAAUGUUGAUUUUUUUUUCUUUUAAAAUCCCUUUUGUGUCCUAUCUGAGAAAUCUUUGCUCUCCUCAAAUUCAUGACAACAUUAUCCUAUUUAUUUUUCUUUUAGAGUCUUUCUAGUUUUAGCUUAAAAAUUUAGGUCUAUAUUACAUCUCUAAUAAAGAUGUUUUACACUGAGGUAGGAAUUGAGGUUUUAUUUUGUUUUUCACACAGAUAUCCAGUUGUUCCACUACUAUAAAGAUAUUUUUCUGUCACUACAGUGCAUUGAUUUCUCUUUGAGAGUCAAUUAAUUGUGUUUGGGGCUAUUUCUGAUUUCCCUAUAAUCUUUUCCAUAAUGUAUUGAUCUAUCCUUAGGCAAAUGUGUUCUAAAGCACUCCUAUCUAGAUACGCAAUUUCUUUAGAGCUGCAAUUAAAAAUCCACUGGCUCGUAUUAAGUGAAUUAUUCAUAAAUGAUUAUUUAGAAUAAUGGAUAAAAAUGGAUUUGUUGUUGUGUUGGUUUUCUAGGGCUAUAGUUGCUGAAAUCUCAGCUGCCUCAGUACACCGCUACUGAAUAGAAAUGCAGAGACAGAGUUUUGGAGGAAGUGGAAAGAAUAACUUUAUUGUUUUGCCAGGCAAAGAGGGAACACAGCAAGCUAGUGCCUCAAGGACUGUGGCCCCGUGGCGGGGGUAGUGAGGGGUCUUGGAGUGUUUACGGAGCAGGAUACAAUCAGGACAUUUUCCUGAUUGUGGGUGGAGAGGUAGUUGGGAGUCAGCACCAUCAACUCUCUGGUUCCAAAAGGUGGGGUCUGCCGCUUGUGAGCAGCACAGAGUUAACUCUCCCACCUGGGGGGCUUUCAGCUCCUGCAGAACAGCUCCGAGGGCUCAGAAUUAUCUGCAGUCCUUGGGGAUGAACUAAAGGGCCUUGACUUUGUUGAAUGUCUAAACUAGUAUCUGUCUGCUUGAUUUGUUUUUGUUGUUCUUUAUUUUUCUUUUGCAUUUUCUAAUUUCUCUGAUUGGACUUAUUCUUUGACUAAAGCUUUUCUACAGAAACAGGCAGGUAGAAGACAUGUGUGGAGGUCUGUUCUGGGACGGCCCCAUAGCACAGGGUCCUGCCAGGUUAUACUGCCAUAACCAAGUUCCAUGAGUGGAUUGAAUAACAGAAAUUUAUUGUGCAUAGUUUUGGAGCUUAGAAGUCCGAGGGGAAGGUAUCAAUCAGCAGGGCUGUGAGGAGGACCUCUCCCUUGCGUCUCUCUUAGCUGCUGGUGUUUGCUUGAAAUCGUGGCUUGUAAAUGCAUUACCUUGAGCUCUGCUUUCAUGUCUACAUGGCAUUUCCUUGUGCGCAUGUCUCUGUCCGAAUAUUCUUUAUAAGGACACCAGCAUCCUGGAUAGGAACCGACUCUACUUCAGUAUAACUGCAUCUUAACUAACUACAGCUACAGUGAAGCUAUUUCCAAGUGAGGUCAUGUUCUGAGGUGGGGGCAGUUAGAAUAUCAGCACAUGAGUGGGGGGGUACAAUUGCUGUCAUUUCUCCUAUUUAUUUGGUGACCGUACUGGGAACUAUCAACCUGGACACAGCCUCUCAGCUCUGAGGAACUUUUCCAAAGGGGUGAGGAAGGAGCCAGGUUAAAUAGGAGUUUUUGCUGAAAAAAAAAUAUAGUUAAACAUCAAAAGAUCACUACUAAUCACACACACACACACACACACACACACACACACACACACACAUCUCAGGUUAAUGAAUUAGUGCCUUUGUAUGGGAAGAUGCAGAAUCUGGCUCAUUGAAAACUAUCUGGGGCAGGAUCCUAUUUUUCUCCCUCCUGAAUCCCCCUCAGGGUGUAUCAUGCCAGAGGGCAGAGUGUAUCCCGGGAGGGAGGGGUGGGAGAUGGGGCUGAUGGCUCCAUGGCUUAAUGGCAGGCAACAUUCUCUGCUUCUGGAGGUGGCCGGUGACUUUUUAUGUCCCUAUGUCCGGUGACCUUGUCCUCACAGAGCUCUGCCAUCACUCUAAACAUGUAUACUUCAUGCAAAUGCUUAUUCAUACUUGCACAUAUAUGCAAGGCUAUACACAUGCAUAGUCGCAGGCAAACUGAGUCCUUUACACACAUAUUUAUUAGUUUCUCAGAUAUACACAUCAACAUACAUGAUAAAUUCACACUUUCACGUCGUACAAAAUAUCCCUUCAACUAUAAAUAUACAUACUCUGACUAACAACAAAAUACAUGCAUACAGGCAGACUCAACAACUCAUAUUCUCAUGCCUGCAAUCAAAUCCCAUGCCUUUGGAUUUGUGGUACAGAGGAGAGAGGAACUAAGGGGUUAAACUCCCAGCUUUAGUCUCUAGUCCCAGAGGAAGCUCUUGUGAGUGUGAGCCACUGGGACCUAAGGGCAGAGAGAAUUAAUGCUUGGGGGAAGGGAAAGGCUCGACUUUAAUAGGUUUUUAAAUAGGCUCUGGAGAUUAGUCUCUGUUAAAAGCUGAAUUCCAGAAGCCAUUUAAAGCCACUGAUGGUCCUGUUGGAACUGGUGAGAGACAAAGCUGAGCUCACAGUGAGUGGGUCCCUGAGCCUCCGUCAUCUCUGCACAGUCCCUGGAGCGGCUGUGCUCCAAGUCUUCAAGGAGCCGGGAGGCCAAGUGUGCACUGAGCAAAGCAUCGUGACUCACUGGAGGCUCCAGGUCCAGAGACCUGCGAUUGCUGAGCUUCCUCCUGAGACAGGAAGAAGGUUUGCUGCUUGAACUGUGCUCUCCAGGGAAACUCUAGGAAAAGUAGUUUAAAAAAAAAAAAGCGCACAGCCUAAAAGUUCAGUUUUAUUUGGGGCAAAGGAGCGCUUAAGCCCAGCAGGCAGCAUCUCAGGUAGCCCUGAGAAAAGUACUCUGAGGAGGUGAUGGGGAAAGUUAGGACUUGUAGGAGUUUUGCAACAGAGGGCAGGUAUAAACAAAAGAUUACUGCUAAGAACAGAAAACCGGAUAGAGGCAUUUGGUGCAUAUCUGCGGGAAGGUGCAAAGGUCUGGGCUCCCUGAAACCACUCCUGUGAUAUGGACUUCAGCUCUCUGGGACCAGUGUCCUAUGUUUUCACAGCCUGAGUUCCCUCAGCCUCACUGUUAGGAGUGGCCGCAGUGUGAUGGCUGCUAGACGGCAGUAUUCUUUGUUUCCUUCCCGAGUUCCCUCAGGGCUCCAUGGCUCACCCUUGGAGGUGGCUGCAGGCGCUGAUGACUGUGACAUCUUUUGUUUGGUAUACCUGUGGUACAGGUGAAGGGGAGCUGCAUGCAGCCAUACACACAUUCUACAGAUGUUUGCUGCUGGUCUCAUGAAGGUUGCUACCGUCAUGAGAAGCAGACAUCACCACGAAGGAUUUUAAUGGUUUAUUAGAUACACGGAGAUGUAAGAAUUGGGUUCAUAAAAUCUCCUAAAACUAUCUGACUAUCUGAGGACCUGUUGUGCCAGUUUUCCCAGAGCACAGAGGGCCUCGCUCCAGGUCUCCACAGUGAGCUCUGCUCAGGGGGUGUUGCAGGUGGCACAUGCAGUAGCUCAUGAUUUAAUCCAUGAAGAGCCUGAUGGCAAGUGCCAAACUCCAGCUCACAGUAGGAAGACUGCUUCCACACACUGCCCCCCUGAACCCCACCCUGCUCUAGCAUUAUUGUUCUUUGCCUUAGUCUUAGAUACCCCAGAGUAAGAAGCUUCUGCAUUUCCCUGAAAGAUCCCCAGCCCAUUUCAGUCUUGAUCGCUGCAGGUUUGAGCAACAUGGAUUGAACGGAUGGGCAUAACUAUUUCCAUAUAAUGAGUGAGAGUGAUGGCAUCAGGUUCCAUAGGAGUAAUAGAACAGAGGGAAAGAAUAACUAUGAGAUUAUUUUUCAAGAUAGUUUCCCUUUAGCAGAUUCUACUUCCCAAAAAUACCGAUUAUUAUGAAAUACUACACUUGAAGCUAGUAUGUUCUGAACCCAUUUCCAAGGACAUAUGGAUAAAGAGUAAUGAGUAGCAUCAUCUUAUAUUGCCAAGUUUUAUGUAUUAAAGUAGUUGAAAUUAUUCUGGUUACCAUCAAACCCCGUACCAUCUUAUUCAAUUGUUCUAUCCAAAAGAUUAUCCAUAAUAGUAAUUUGUUUUAUUGUUAUCACUUACAGAGAGUAGAUUUACCUUCCCAAUGGAGAAAAAUUAACUGUCCCGUGAUGUUGACUUCAGGGAAUAGUUCUUCUCACCCUGUGUCCUUCAUCCUGCUCGGGAUCCCAGGACUCGAGAAUUCCCAGUUCUGGGUUGCCUUUCCAUUCUGUGCCAUGUAUGUGGUAGCAGUAGUUGGCAACAUCACUGUCCUUUUUAUAAUCCAAACUGAUCCCACCUUGCACGAGCCCAUGUACCUCUUUCUGGCCAUGCUGGCCAUCACUGACCUGGUUCUCUCCACUUCCACCCAACCUAAAAUGCUGGCCGUACUCUGGUUUCACGCUCGUGAGAUUGAACAUCAUGCCUGCCUCAUCCAGAUGUUCUUCAUUCACGCCUUUUCUUCCGGGGAGUCUGGGGUGCUCAUGACCAUGGCCUUGGACCGUUAUGUGGCCAUCUGCAUGCCGCUCCGUUAUUCUAGUAUCCUGACCCCGACUGUAGUGGGGAAACUGGGGGCAGUCGUGAUGGUGAGAGGGCUGCUGUGGGUGAGUCCUUUCUGCUUCCUGGUCGCCAGGAUGCCCUUCUGCCCCAAAAAGAUCAUUCCACAGUCGUACUGUGAGCACAUGGCUGUGCUCAAGUUGGUGUGUGCCGAUACUCGAGGAAAUCGUGUGUAUGGGCUCUUUGUAGCCUUGUCUGUGGUCGGCUUUGAUCUGAUGGUCAUCAGUGUGUCCUAUGUGAUGAUUCUGAGAACUGUGCUGGGGUUGCCCUCCAGGGAAGCCCGGCUCAAGGCUUUGGGCACAUGUGCUUCCCAUAUCUGUGUCAUCUUGGCUUUUUAUAUCCCAGGCCUGUUUACUUUCUUCGCCCACCGCUUUGGACGUCAUGUGCCCCGAGUGCUACACGUAAUGUUGGCAAAUCUCUACCUACUUGUACCCCCCAUGCUCAACCCCAUCAUCUACGGCGUUAGAACGAAACAGAUCAGGGACAGGGUUAUUCACGGAUGCUGCGGGAAAGACUUCUGAGUCAAGCAGAGCAGGGUUCCAGCCACCUGCCUUGCUGAUCCGGAGAAAGUUUGCCAGGCUGUCACGUAUUGUCCUGAAGUCGUCUCCGUGAAUAGCUGACUCAGAGGUCAGCAACUUUCCUGAAGCAAGAGUAACAAUUUUCAGGAUGCCGAGUAUUCUCUCAGAGAAGUGAUUGAUGACGGACACAAGGUUGACCCACGUUAAUCAUCACAAGAAAACAGUAAAAGCCAUCCUCACCUAGCAAAUUAUUGAAGAUCUGAAAAUAAUAUCAUCUUCCAAGACCACUAAAAUGAAAAGUAUUUUUACCUUUGUGGUAGAAGUCUAAGUUACUAUACCUUGCUAUAAAGGAGUUUAGAAAUUUCCAUUAAAACAGUUUAAAAGUACAUAUAUGUUCCUCAUUUUAGAAUCUUGCUGAGACCAGCUCAGCAGGAUGGGGCUGAAGAACAGGUGCUAUGGAGCUUAAGGGAAAAAAAGUUAACAUAAAACAAGAUACAGAGACAUUUAUCUUAAGUAAA